AUGGCUCCUCGGGGCCGCAAACCGAAAGCGGCCAAGUGCCCAGAGGCUGAAGCAGUUGACGCCGGAAAGGCCGGCGCCCUCCUCACCCUGUUAGGAGAGACAAAGGUAGCAGCGGAGCCAGAAACGAAUUCCACGGGAAACGGCAAAGCCGGCGGAAUGCACAAGAGUGACGGCCCCAGCAGGGGGAUGAGGGGAGCGGCACUAGACGAAGGCAGGUCCCAGAGGCGAGCAAGAGAGGGAAAAGCUGCAGCAGAGGCAAUCGGGCAGAACAAAACUCAGAAAGGCGAUGCAGCAGCGGCUAGAGCCAGGAAUGGCAAGGGAGGCGGCCAACAUGCUGGCUGCGGAGACGGGCUGGGCUCCCGUCGAUUGAAAAAAAGCCAAGUGGCACGUGUUUCAUCUAAUCAGACAGAGCCUGAGACAUCCACGUGGCCGUCGUUGGCAUCAGCGACGGCAUUUCCGCCACUCACCCUCUCGCCUCCAGCCUCACCUGCGUCGACAGCUCCCGCUGUCUCGGUCUCCUCCACCCCCUCCAUUUCCUUGCCGUCUUUUCCGUCUCUUUCGGGUUCGGCCGCUUACGCUUCGGAGUUCCCUUCUCUGUCCGCAGCCCGAGUCUUCAUUCGCGGCUCUAUUCGCAAGGCAGGUUGGGUUUCGGACGCAGCUCCCGCGGCAAGGGGAUGCGUUUUUCCGAACAGCAGUGACGCGAAAGACGAAAUGUGGGCGCAAGAAGCCGCGCAAGACGGUGCUGUAGAAGAGAGCAAAGAGCCUACGCACAGCGGAGCGGCCGCUCAAUCGGGUGCUGACGGCGGGGGCCAGCAGCAAAGCGUCGCAUGCCCUUCUGGUCCCUUCACUCCACGCGCGUCUUUGGUGGAAUCGCCCCGAGAGUCACUGCCGUCCUCGCUCCCUCCAUGUGGGUCGUCUUCCCUUUCGUCCACGUCGCUGCCGGCUUCGUCUCUGCCUACUUGGGGCAUGGCUGGGUGUUCGUUUUCUGCCGACUCGUUGGCAUCGCCGCUGACGGCGUUUUCGUGCUCUGCGGUUCAGCUCCGCCCCGAUCGUCUGUCGACAGAAGGUCCGCUGGAGGGCAGUGGGUGGGAAUGCUUUCCAAACGCAUAUCCCGAGGGCGAGCUGCUGCGCCCCGGAGGAGGGAUGGAACAGCUCGGGGCUUUCGGAGCAGAUUCAGCAAAUGUCCAAUCUCUUGAGGCACAAAGCUUCUCCCACGCACAGGGCGUCGACUCUGGCCUUUUCGCGCCCAGGCCCGCAGACCUGUGGCCAGGGACCGCUUGCGCAGACCUCUGGACCGACGACGAAGGCGCGGCUCAGUACCAGACGACCCCACAUACGACAGAACAAACCAGUGGUUUCCAGAGGAGUGCAUCUGAUGGAGAGUCCGUAGACUGCGAGGAGGGAGCGGAUCUGUCUGCCCCUGAGCGGCGCCCCUCUUUGUCUUCUUCCUUCCUCGGCGAUCGGCCAACGACUGCGUCCUCAACCUACUCCCGCCGAACAUCUGUGUCGUCGUUCUCCCAAGCGAAAGCAAGCUUCUCGGUCUCCGCCCCAUCGUCUGCUUUCCCUUCGUCUUCGGCUUCAGCCUCCGGGGACUACGAAUUCGUCUCUCUCGUGCACGCGGACGAUGAGGAAUGCGUCACGCCCGAGUGGGAAGAGCCGCCAUCCAAGACGCCCACGCAGACCCCGGGGAGUCCCACUUUCGGGUAUCAAUCGAGUCUCCAUCCUCAGGCUCCACCUCACAGCGCCCCUUCCGCCGGCGGCUUCCCGUUGCCUCCGUCACUCGCGACCUGGGGGGCAUCGCAGGGGGGUCCGCCGUCAACGUACCGCGACGCGUACGCUCCUGGGGUGCCGCCGCCUCCGCCGCAGAGGUUUCCGGGGUUCCCGCUGGCCGCUCCCUCGCCUCCCUCGCCCCCUUCAGCUCCGCCCUCCGGAUUUCCGAUGUAUUUGGGAGCUUCGCUCCCCUACCGCCGUCCCAGUGGCGUUCCGCCGCCUCCGCCACGCUCCCCGUACCUUGUCUUCCAAGGCUGGCCGCCGUCACCGCCGUCACCGCCGUGCCCACCGCCCGCCUUUCCUCCAGCCCCAGCGCCAUUUCCAGAAGAGUUCCUCGCGCCGUUUGCGCGUCCCGCUUCGCCCUCUGCGUUUGCUAGAUACCGCGGGCCGUGCGGCGCAGGGCCUGUAGUAUUGCCACCUCCGCCGUAUUCGGGCUACGCUGGCUACAACGAGGGAGGGUUCAGGCUUCCGUCUCCGCCGCCGUUCGACGAGUUCGGUCUCUCCAGAGAGUUCCCUCUUUUCCAUGGAGGAUGCGUCAAUUUCCGGGAGGCGCAUCGGGAUCAGAUGCGAGUUCCUCAGUUCCCACUCCCAGCAGCCCCCGCGCAUCGGCAGUCGUCGUCCUCUCCAGUCACUCACGGAAGCAGAGGCAAUUCGGUCUCGUCGCGUCCCCAUCCUUACCAGAGAGGGAAAUACUCGCCUCCGCCCAUCAUGCCGGCAUUGAGCUCUUGGAUAUCUCCCGAAGCUCUGGAGGAGGGCAGGGGCUACAUGUAUUCGCCUCUGGCUCAUCGCCAGCGCAGCCGCGACGACUCGCCGGGGCGCCUCCAGCCCUCAGCUGCGCCUCACUCUGAAGACUGCCAAAGCGCCGCUUCGCCUUCGUACGGUUUUACCAGCGGCCCUGCAGACACCUCGCUCCCGUUUCGCCCCUUCUCCUACGGCGCCAGGUCUUCCUUUUCCUCCUCCCCGCUGUCGUCCGCAGGCCGCGCGAGCACCAGCGCCGCAGUGUCUGCUUCCUGCGUCUCGCUCACAGAGAGGGAAUUUGUCGCUGUCGCUGAGGAGCACUCUAGGCCAUCUGCUCACGCAUUCGCGUCUGCACUGUCUUCAGUCUCGGGGCCCCUGGUUGGCGAGGUCGCUUCAACGCGGCAUCCUUCAUCCGCCUCCUGCUCGUCAGCUGCGCCCUGGGUGCCCCCUGAGUCCUCGACAACUGCCGAAGACAAAGGGCGAGCCGAAGCGGCCCUCGCCGCGUCGGUUCCGCGGGAAGGAAACGGCCCUGGCUGUGCAAGCUCUCAGGACUCGCCUUCAGAGGAAGACUCUUCUUCAUCUUCCGCCACCAAGAAAAUCCCCCUAUUUGGUGUCCCUUGCCUUACCUACGACGGAGAAAAGUAUUUCUCCUCUUAUUCGUGUAUUUCGUCGGCGCCCACGUAUCUGGACGCUACUUCCGCCUCCGGCUUUGACCUUUCCGCAGAGUCUUCUUUUUCGGCUUCAUAUCGUUCUCCUUCGUUGGCCCCGUUUCACAGGUAG